AUGCCUGUGUCUGAUCCUAGUUCUGGCCGCACGUUCGUAUGGAUCAUAACUGGCGUUUUGUUCAUCUCUAUAUUGGCAGGUGGUGCAUGCCUUGUGGCCUACGUACUCCUUCCUGAAUCAGAAACAUCAUCAUCUUGGAUUCCCGAAAUUGGGGUGGGUUUGGUUUGCCUACCAUGGCUCUUUUGGUUCCUCACCUUCAUAUACAGAAUCUUGUCAAGGAUUUUUGGAUGUAGAGUUAGUAUAGGCUCUGGUGGAAGUGGAGGAAAUUGGGCUUCUGCAAAAUCAGACGAGGAGAUCGCAUCUCAGGCAAAAGGUACCAACUUAAAUAGGGCAUCAUCCGUUGCUUCACACGAGAGUGAAAUGGCACUUGCCAAAUCUAUGGCCACAUGA